AUGGGCAAACUGAACAUCGCUCAUCAUAAAUCAUACCACCCCUACCGCCGGGACAACAUCGAACGUGUACGGAGAGAUGAAGAGGAAGCUGCGCAAAAGGAGGCCGAGGCCGAGGGAAGGGUGGUGCUGGCUGAUGCAGAGGCUCGGUUGGACCUCCUCCGAGAGCGUGCAGGACUUGGGAAAGGAAAGGGAAAGAAGAAAGAGGACGAUAUGAAGGUUAUAGAAGAUGCUAAGGCCUCCAUCAUUGCCAGGGAUUCGAAUCAAGGUCAUAUCAAUCUAUUCGAGGAUUUAGAACAGCAAGAAAUGAUUACUUCAAUAAGAGCGACGAAGAAGACCACACAGUUGGAGACUGAGAAGGGCGUGCCACUGGCUCCAAGUGCUAAGGACCUCAACCCAUGGUACAGCGAGCGCGAUAAGGGAAAGGAACAUCAGGAGGAUGAGAAGAGCGAACGCUUAAGAUUGCGGGAUCUUGCUUCAAAAACUAUGAAUGACCCUCUCACAGCUAUCACGCAUCAGCUUGCAUCGAGUUCUUCGUCGAAUAAUUCUUCCCCUGUCCCUCGGCCGUCGUGGCAUCGUUCCAAAUAUCGCACCCCACCUGAUUCAAAUGAUAAGAUAAAACCGCCUCCCCCACCCUCGGAUGCAACGACCAUGCGCCUCACACGUGAAUCAUCAGAACGCGAACGCGCGCUGGCAUUGAUUCGGCGCAAGCAGCGUGAAAUGAGGGGCAGCGAGACGCCGAGUACUGUGCAUGGGGGCCUAGAUGAAGGGUAUGGGGACGUAUUUAACCGGCGGGAAGUCGAAGAAGCGCAUUCAUAUCGACGAAGGCGGUGGUAA